GCAAGGAGGAGGGAGGAGCGGAGACCUGCCUUGUGCUGCUGACAGUGCAGAUGUAAACAGCCUCAGGUCCGCAGUGAGCCAUACCAAUGAAUGUGGUAAUAAUAGAAGUUUAAAAAUGGCGAGUCUCUGCAGUCUGCAUUCCUUAAAUAAGAUGUCUAGGUUUCUGUUUUCGAGAUCCUUGACACAUUCCAAGCUAAGGAAACUAUGGCUCUCCUCUCUAAGUUCUCUGGUCGGAGAAAAGAAUUUAAUCCUGAUGGGGCCUCCAGGAUCUGGAAAGACCUCUGUUGGUAGAGUACUUGGCCAAAAACUUAGUUGCCCCGUUAUAGACGUGGAUGACGACGUCCUUGAAAAAACCUGGAAUAUGAGCGUCUCCAGUAAAUUGCAGGAUGUUGGUGAUGAGCAAUUUUUAGAAGAGGAAGGAAAAGCCCUUUUAAAGUUUUCAGCAUCUGGAAGUGUAAUUUCCCUUACGGGAUCCAACCCUCUUCACCCUAGCAGCAUGGAACACACGAAGAAAAAUGGAAUAGUUGUUUAUCUUGAUGUCCAUUCACAGGAUAUCAUUGAGAGGCUUGAACGAAUGAAAGUGGACCGCAUUGUUGGCCAAAGGUCCGGCUUUUCAAUGGGCGACAUACUUAAGAUAAGGAAGCCUUUUUAUAAUAAGUGGCAUGAUGUUCGUGUACUUUGUCAGACAGGAGAUUGUGUAGAGGUUGUGGCUGACAAAGUGAUUGAUGCCGUUAAGAGAUAUCUACAAGCAGAUUCUGAAACCUUUGUUUCUACAAGAUCUCAAGAGCCGCACAAAAAACAAUCAAAAUUUUUCAGUGAUGUGGUUAUAGAAGGCUUAGCCAACGAUGGUGGACUUUAUGUUCCUGAAAAUGGCCUUCCCAAGCUCACCGAUGGUGAAUGGAGAAGACUUGUUAAGUCGUCCUAUGUGGAAAGGGCUCAGAUAAUACUGGAAAGGUGUAUACAUCCGACCGAUGUACCGCCUGUAGUUUUAGGUGACAUUCUAGAAAAAGCUUACGGUGACAACUUUUCUUGUCAUAAAAUAGCUCCAAUCAGACACUUGUCGGGUAAUCAGUUCCUUCUUGAAUUAUUUCAUGGACCAACAGCUUCAUUCAAGGACUUGGCCUUACAGUUUAUGCCUCAUAUUUUUGCCUACUGCAUCCCAAAAGUAUGUAACUAUCUAGUCUUAGUAGCAACGUCUGGAGAUACUGGCAGUGCCGUUCUAGAUGGGUUCAGCCGACUGAAUGACCUUGACAAGCGCAGAACUGCCGUGUUUUGUCUUUAUCCAGAAAAUGGAAUAAGCCAAGUGCAAAAAUCACAAAUUAUUGCCUGUCAGGGAGAGAAUGGAUUAGCAGUGGGAGUUGAGUCUGAUUUUGAUUUCUGUCAGAAAGCCAUUAAAGAAAUGUUUACAAAUCCAGAAUUCACUGGUUUUGUUACAGCUGAAUAUGGAACAAGUCUAAGCACUGCUAACUCCAUCAACUGGGCCAGACUCCUUCCUCAGAUUGUGUACCAUGCAUCCGCAUAUCUAGAUCUUGUCGACCAAGGUGUUAUCACCUUUGGCUCCCCAGUCGAUGUUUGUAUUCCUACCGGAAACUUUGGCAACAUCAUGGCCGCACUUUAUGCGAGACAAAUGGGAAUUCCUUUCCGUAAAUUCAUCUGUGCCUCCAAUCAAAAUCGUAUUUUGACCGAUUUUAUAAAAAGUGGACUUUAUGACCUCAGAGGAAGGAAGUUGCUGCAAUCCUUCUCCCCGGCUAUUGAUAUUCUUAAGUCUUCCAAUUUAGAACGCUAUUUGCAUUUGCUAGCAAACCAAGAUGGAGGCCUUGUCAAAAAACUCUAUAGUCAGCUGGACAGUCAAGGCUAUUUUCAGUUACCAGAAAAUAUAUUCCAGCUUUUACAGCAGGACCUUAUCGGUGACUGGUGCUCUGAGUCUGACUGCGUUUCGGCAAUCCGUGCUGUCCAUAGUGCAACAGGAUACAUCCUGGACACGCACACAGCUGUUGCCAAAGUAGUUGCAGACAGGGUGCAGGACCGUACUUGUCCAGUUAUAAUAUCAUGCACAGCUCAUUACUCCAAGUUUGCACCUGUUAUUUUACAAGCUUUAAACAUUGAAGAAAUUAAGCAAAAUCCAUUAACUCAGCUCCACGUGUUAAAUUCCUUCCACCCCUUGCCUCCGGCUCACAAGUCCCUGAUAGGGAUGCUUAAAGACGGAGACAGUCACAAAAGCCAUACAUGCCAGGCAGACUCCAGCCACGUUAUGAGCUGUGUAGAAAACUACCUACAAAGUCUAUUUUUGAAAGUUCACUAAGGGCCAUGGCGGUAAUGAUCUUUCCUAUGAAGCCUUCUCCUGGAAAAGCCAGACGUUUGAUAAGGAUAAAAAAAAAAACACAAUAGCAAAAUAACUUCCGCCAAAACUGAUUAGGAAAAUGAGCAAAACAUAGUAAAGUUGCAGGAAAGCUAUUUCAGUGCCAGUUUUGCAAAAGGAAAGACCUUGGCUGAAACAAUCUAUAAUUAGCCGGAAGAAUGGACUUUCUUCUGCCAGGAAUGUACUGUGAGCUGUAGUAAAACAUGACACCAAAAACCCGGUAACUGCUGUGGAAGUGAAUGGACUGUGGUUGAUGGCAACCUAUGGAGCCAAGUGCAUUGUGAUACCAAACCUGCAGAGUGUUCAUAUAUUGUGGAACUACUUUAAAAGAUUUUAGUAAUGACAUUCCAGCCUGCCACCUUUGGGUCUUUCUUAAGCAAUCAUUGCUUAAGGAAGGGCCGAAGAUGGUGGACUGAAAUGUCACUGAUGAACGUAUGGGCGAAUAAAUGAGCUUUGUUUUUACCUGA